AUGUCUGGUCACGCUCAAUCAAACGAGCAGCAGGAGCUAGGUUUGGUGGAAAAAGUUGAGUUGAGAAUUGCUCUUGCAGAUACAGCAGAGAAAUUCGAACAGCAGCUGAGUACGUUUUUAGCGCCAUUACUGUUAAAACUAGCCUCUCCACAUCAAUCUGUGAAGCAGGCUGUUCUUCAAUCUUGUAACCAGGUUAUAUUAAGAUUGAAUACUUACACUGACGUUAAACUUCCGAUCGAAAAGUUGGUGUUACAAGCUAAAUCCCCUAAUUUAGAAGCAAAUGUGGAUAGUUCUGCAGUAAUAUUGUACAGUUUAUUAUUUGUAUCAAAAGGUGUAAAUCGCUUAGAUGACAAUGAGAGAGACAGGUUGCUGCCAUUGAUAUUGAAUGGAGUUAGUAGGAUGCAGGGAUCAUCGCAGGCGAGGAUGUUUCAUGUGCUUUGUAAGCUGUUACUGGAUUGGAAAAUGCCUGCAAUGGGAACAAAAGCCUAUGACGAGGCUAUUGAAACGUUGAAGAUUGAAGACAAACGUGACAUUGACUUUUGGAUGCAAAGAUUCACUGAAUUUUUCCUUUUAAUACCAGUUAAAGCGGAGAACGCCAGUAGCGCUAUUCCAAGAGGGUACACAUGCCCUGGGCUUUCAGCUGGUGAUGUUGCCUUUUUUACCUAUAAUGCAGGCCUUUCCUUUAAUAGGGAUCAAUUGACCCAGUAUAAACAUGCUGUUUAUCAAUUUGUAGUAGACGCGUUUGUUUCCAAAGAUAAUAUCCAAUACUGUAAGUUCCUCUCUGUGGUCUCUGUAGACAGUUCGUCUAUAUCCGAACAGGCUGUUGUUGCCCUAAAUAGGGUUCAGUUACCAGUUGAAAAUGAAGAUUAUAUUAAUUUUCUACUUCACUUGUUUAUUGGUGAUAAGAAUAAUGGUGUGCCUCCCGUCACUCAUGUUUUACAAGAAAAAAUUUUAAGUAUUCUAUGCACCAGUGUAACUGCAACUAAGAAAGAUGUGGUUAUUCCUGAAAUAGCUUCUAUCGGUCUAUAUUCUGAGUUUCGCAAGCUAAAAUCAUUAACCCUAAAGUUUAUUCAGCAUGUUUCAAAACAUAACUAUUCUGCAUUAGCAAGGCCUUCGGAAGCUGGUGACUAUUCCACAAAUAUAGCAGCAUUAAUCCGUAAUAACAUUAUAUCGGAAGGUUGGCCAAAGCUGACAGCCAGCACAGCGAUGCCAAAUUUUAGUUUAGCAAUCGAACAAAGAAGGGCACAGUAUGAGACGUUGGGCGAAAUGGUCAAGCGAGAUUUCUCCUUGUUUGAAGAUUUAUCGUAUGCUGAAUUCCUUCUUGACGCAUUGAAAGGUGAUCUAACAGAUUUUAAAGCCAGCAUCCAAGAAGCAUUAAGCUCCUUCACCAUCCACCUACCACAUAUAUCAGCGUCAAAAAGGACGAAAUUAAAAAAGAAGCUACUUGAUAUAAUGACAACGAAUGUUAUGAUGUCAGAUUCUAGGGAUGAGGAGGCAGGUAUUAUGGCUUGUAAAUAUGUUGCUAUAAAAUAUGUGAAUGCAACCUUUCCCUUUAGCAAUGCUGAUGCUAGAUUAAUAAACGUGCUGGGUACAUCAAGAACUAAUAGUUUUGAACUUAUUGAAGAAGCUUACAAAGGGUUACAUCCAUAUUGGUUUAGAGUUGGGCAAAGUUUAAAUGUGAAAGAAAUCAAACCGUCAGCUGAGCUCCUUGGAACUACUAAAAAAUAUACAGAUUUCCCUUCAUUUGAAUCCUACAUUACCGCUCUUUUGAAGCUAAUAAAAAAUGAAGCCACUACUGGGAAAAUAAGAGAAUCUUUAAAUACUGCCAUUAGGUUUGCCUUGCAGAUCUUGAUAACAAAUGCAGUUAAAGGUAGUAAUACCAUAAUAGAGCAAGACGAGGAUUGGUCUUUACGUAUAGAACGGGCGAUUUACACCGAUGAGAAAGCAUUAAAAUUAACACAUGACAGUAUCAGUAAUUUAAGCUCAGAAUCUUAUGUGUCUUUUUUGACAUUGAUGUUCAAGGAGUUCAUCAAAAAAGACCAUCAUGGAAAUACCGUCUCCAUAUUUAAAUAUGAAGAUCCAAUUUUUGGUAAUACUGCAUUAACGUUUGCGAAACAUUCUUCAGAUGUAGUUCUACGUCAACUAGAUCAUAUGAAUGAUUGCCUUUUCACGUUCAUCAAAAGAUAUCAAACUACUGCAGAAGCAGAUAUCCAAUGUGCUGCAAGCCUAAUUGGUAUAAUUGGUUCAUAUGCUCCUUCGCCCUUUAACUUGACCUUGUUAAAACGAUUAGAUUCAGAAGAUUUUGGAAAUGACAUACCUACACAAAUAGCAGCAAGCUACAUUUUGCCAAGAUUAAAGUUGCGUUAUGACAGCAAUUGCAAUAUCCGUAUACCAUGUUUUAACUUAGUUAAAACACUAGUCAAAAAUAUGAAACAGCUAACAAUAAAGAAUUUCAUUUAUUACUCAUUAGAGCAAAUAUUAAGCUUGGGAACAUUGUUGCUGCUUAAUGAAGAUGAAAGAGUCCCUAUUUUAAAGGAAAUAACUGAAACUUUGCGGCCAACUCUACUGAAUAAUGAACUCACAAUCACCCUUUGGGCAUAUACGACUUUUUAUAUUAAUGAUGAUGAGCAGUUAAAUGAAAAUUUUAGCGCUUUGAAGGAUACCCACGUUUCAAAGCACACGGAGUUCCUCUUUACUUCUGGGGAAGCACUCACCAUUAUCCUCGGUGGCUGGCUCUCGAAGUAUUUAAUUCAGAAGUUAGAUGUUAAUGUACCAAUUGCUAAUUUACAAUCUGUCUUUCCGGGGAAGCAUCUCUCUAAAGGACUCAGCGAGAUUCUUUCCGGUUGCAACUCUUCAAAGCCGGCAAUGCGAAAGGCUUGCUGUAUCUGGUUACUUUCACUCGUUCAAUACCUGGGUCACUUACAUGACGUAAAUGAGCGCUGUACCGAAAUUCAUCUGGCUUUUAUGAAAUUUUUGGCAGAUCGAGAUGAAUUGGUUCAGGAAUCGGCAAGUAAGGGAUUAGGUUUUAUUUACGAGAUUGGAAACACUGAUUUAAAAGAGGAAAUGAUGAAGAAUUUAAUUAAAAGUUUUGCUGACCCUGCAAAAACUAUGGCGAUGAAUUCAGGCACAAUUUCUGCAGAAACAACGCUGUUUGAUGCUAAUGUUUUGAAUGGUGGAGAUGGAUAUAUCUCAACAUAUAAGGAUGUGCUGGAUUUAGCCAGUGAAGUAGGUGAUCCUAGUUUGGUCUAUAAAUUUAUGGAUCUCGCAAGGAGCUCUAACCUGUGGUCAUCCAGAAAAGGAAUUGCAUUCGGACUAGGAAAUAUCAUUUCGAAAAAUUCACUAGAGAAAAUGUUACUGGAUGAUAAGGCUAUGGCUCAAAAACUAAUCCCUAAGCUUUUCAGAUAUCGCUUUGACCCAGUUACUUCUGUUGCAAAGUCAAUGAACGAUAUUUGGAACACUCUAGUGACUGAUCCUGCUAAGACAACCCAACAAUAUUUCCCGGAUAUUUUGAAAGAAUUAUUAGAUAAGAUGGGGAAUACAGAAUGGCGAGUAAGAGAGGCUAGUACAUUAGCGUUAAUUGAUUUAUUGCAAAAGUCAACUAUUGGGGACUAUGAUACACAAGUGGAAGCAAUUUGGACGAAGACUUUUAGAGUAAUGGACGACAUAAAAGACUCUGUUCGUGAAUCAGGGUCUAGGCUGGCUCAAGUUUUAUCGAAAAUUUUAGUAAGAGCUUUAGAUGAUAAAAAUGGUCUUGAUACGGAAAAAUCUAAAAGGAUUUUUGAUGUGUUGCUUCCAUUUUUACUAGGUCCUAAGGGAUUGAGCAAUGACUCUGAAGAAAUUAGAAAAUUUGCCCUGAAAACUCUAAUGGACUUAAUAAAGAACGUUGGAACACGUAUUAGACCACAUGCACCUCUAUUAGUUCAAAAAUUAACUUUAUCUUUGUCAUUCUUGGAGCCGCAGGUUAAUAACUAUUUAUCUUUAAACGCAGAUAAAUUCAAUUUAACAACAGCUCAUAUUGAUGAUCACAGAGCUCGCGCCUUAAACGGUUCACCAGUAAUGCAUACUAUUGAAAAACUUGUCAAUUUGGCUGAUGAUAGUAUGGUUAAUGAAAUGACAGAUAAUGCAAUCAUAGCAGUAAAGAAGUCUGUUGGCCUCAUAUCAAUAAUUGCGUCCAGUAAAAUACUCAUUUUACUGGCUCAAAAAUAUGGAAUCCUAAUGAAAAGUUACUCCGGAAAGCUAUUGAAGUUAUGUUAUAACCAAUUCGAUAAUAGUAACUUUGCUAUCUCGUCGGCAUUUGCAACAUCAUUAGGUCAUAUUUAUAAAAUUUCUGGUUUGGAUAAAACGGUGAAAUAUUCUAACAAAUUGGUGUCUUCAUAUUUUGAAGCAGAGGACAUAGUUGAAAAAAGGAUUACGAUUGGUGUUGCCAUAGACACAAUUCACAAAUACUCGCUGAAGCAAUUUGAAGAUGUCCAAACCAUUCUAGUUCCUUUACUGUUUGUUGCAAAAAGUAAUCCAGAAGAAAGGCUUUCGUCUUUCUUCACCAACAUCUGGGUUGAGAUCGCUUAUUCUACAUCUAGUACUGUUAAAUUAUAUUUUGAUGAAAUUGCAAAAUUAUGUUCCGAGCAUAUUAAUUCCAGUACAUUUACUACCAGGCAGAUGUGUGCGAAAAGCAUUUCUGAGCUCUGUAUUGGCUUUGAAUCGAAACUCACUGAUAAGCAAAAUGAUAAUUUAUUUGAGGUUUUAUGCGAUGCUAGUAAGCGACGGGUAUGGGAUGGUAAAGAAUGUAUAAUUGCUGCAUUGGUACUCCUAGCAACCAAAUCAGAACCCUAUUAUCUCGCACGUAUUGAUUUACAAAAGACUAUAAAGGAGAUACUUAUAGCAGAGCUAAAUCGUAAAAACAAAAAGUAUACUACUCAACUUAUAAUUGCGGUCUGUGAUUUUCUAUCUAAAUAUCCAGAUGAUGUGGUAACCGAGACCCUGAUUAGUGCUGUGAUUUCCGUAAGUCCCUAUUUGAAGAAUUUUAAUGGUAAUGGAGAUCCCAAAGCCAGUUCCGAGAAACCUACCCCUUCCAUGACCUCGGUUACCGAUGUUCAUGAUAAAUCCUCAAAGGAGAACGUCGAAAAGGAGAAGUCUCGGGUUGCGAUGUUAAAGAAGCUUGCAACGGCUGCCUCAAUUCAUAGAUCCCGUUCCGAUAACAACUUAGCAGAAUUUGUAUUGAGAACAACCUUGGCUUUACUUGACCUAACUUAUACAUGGAGAACGCAGAUAGCUGUGUCUGAGAUUGGAUUACAACUGUUAGACAAAGUAGAUACAAACUUGGAUGCUGUUUACACGGAAAUCUUUGAUAAGUUUUGGAGCAAAGUAUAUGAACUUAAUUGUGCAAUGGACGUUAUUGAGUCGGUGAAGGUACAGCUUAUUAAAUUUGGUGGAAAACUUAGCUCAAAAGCCCCAAGGUUAAGUGUUCAGAUAAAAAGUCAACUGCAGGAUAUGGUAAUACAGUCAAAAUCUGCUAUCCUCGAAGCAGAGCUCAAUAAUGUAGGCAUAAAGGUUAAGUAG